AUGCCUGCAUUGACUCGACCGUGGGAAAAUGCUUCGGACUCUUCACCGUCCACCUCCGCAGUCACAGACACCAAUGCAUCGGUGCGUCGAAACUCCGCAGUUGAAGUCGGUUUAUCAUCACCUCCAAAUACCCUCACAAAACCACCCGCGGCCGCCACAGCCGUGCAAAGCCCAGCAGACGGCUCCCAACAAAUAGUAUCAUCCAAUAAUACGACAAACACAGUCAGUCGUUAUGCACCUGGCUAUAAUUCUGGAACGGGAUACAGCGGACUCGGGAUGGGCAGCAUGUAUGGUGGUCUCGGGAUGGGCGGUAUGUAUGGUGGUCUCGGGAUGGGCGGUAUGUAUGGUGGUCUCGGGAUGGGUGGUAUGUAUGGUGGUCUCGGGAUGGGUGGUAUGUAUGGCGGCUAUGGGCUGGGCAUGGGCAUGGGCAUGGGCAUGUCCGAAGAUAUUCAACGCAGUCAGAUGACCUUUAUGCUUCUUGGGCGUCUCCUUGAAAUGUGUGGUAUGUUUGCGGGGGUUAUUCAAAUGACCUUUGGGAACGCUCUUCAGUUUAUGGGCAAUUAUAUUGGGAUGAGUCAGCAAUACAAUCAACUGAAAUCCGGCAUGUACAUGGACGAAAGUGGAAAGUGGGUUCAGUUACCGAGAAGAUGUGUCACUGACGUAGAAAGUUUGAAAAAGUCUCGCAAGCGGAAGUUUGUGAAUAGGAAUCGACAAGGGAGAGCGUGGGUUGCCAUUUUAAGGCGGGUCGUAUUCCUUUUUUUAGCUGUUUUUAUGACUAGAAGGCUUAUGGGUCGAGCAGCAGCAAAGGAAUUGUCUCGGCUUCAGUUUUAA